AUAUAAAAAAUCUUAUUGACAAUGCUCUUUAAAAUACUAUUACAAUGGCAACAAUGGUAAUGAAUGUAUAACUUCUUUCGUACUUGCGCAAAAUGUUGUUUUCCCAAAUUGUAUAUAAUAUAUUUCACGAAUUCCCGGCUGUUACAAAAACACUCUGCUCUUUCUCUUUCUAAAUUUUUCAUCUUUUUACUUUUGCUACUAGUUGACACGGAUUGCUUUACUUUGUUCCUCGCGUUGCUCCCUUCGUGAUCCAAGAGCGACGGUAUUUUAGGUAUUGCUUCGCUCAGUGUGUCAUCCCCGUGCUCACAAAACCAUUGGUUUGGUGUUCGGGAGCCGACUGCUCACUGUUGACCAGUGCCAUCGCUCGUUUGCACCAUUGACGGUGGCUGGGAACCGGCGGCAUUUUCCUGCCACGCCUUGGAGAGGGAUGCCAGAGCCGAGGAAGCAUCAACCAAUCCCUUUCGAGUGACUUGCUGCAACGAGGGAUUCUCGGCGGUGCUUGCUUCUUCGUCGGCUCCGUGGCUUCGGUUGGUGUUGAGGGCCAUAGCAUGGAGCGUUGACAGGAUGUUUGUGUAUUCCUCCUUCGACCAUUCUCCCCGAAAGGCCACUGCAUCCGAGGAAGAAGGAGACGACAGCGAACCGUCCUCCUCUGCGGUUUCUGUUUCGUCCGUCACCAGUUGUACCAUCUUGUUCACAAACGACUGUCCAGCCGAGUGAAGGACUGAAUACAAAUCCUUCAAGGGAUCCUGCGGGGGAUAAUAGGUAUCGUCCAUAUUCUGGUACCGGAAGUCGUAGUUGUCCUGUUGCUCUGCUUCUUCCUGAUCAAAGGAAUAGGGUUCUACGGCGCCUGUGUCGCUGGUUUCCCGAGUGGAGUAAAAGUAGUCAAAGUCAAAAUCUUCCCAGUCUUCCCACAAAUCGUUCCACCUGCGCCUGAAGUAGUCCUUGGCGUCGUCUCCGCAGUUGCCGAGAUCGAUGCUGGCCUUGGCCUUAAACCAACAAUUGUCGGCAAGCGUAAAAGAGGAAGGGUCUCCGUCUCCGUUUCCGGAGCAGUCAUUGCCUUCGUCCUCAAAAUUGAGUUCAAAACCCCAGGAGCCGUUUUUGGAGUACCGCGAUCGCUCUUGCUGACUACUGCCUUCGUCUUGCAGCUCCUUCAGUCGCUUAGCUUCGGCUUCGGCUUGGGCGGCUGCCUGCUCCAAGAUCUGCCGCUCGUGGAGCAAUCGCUCUUGCUCCUUGGCCAGGGAUUCGGCCUUUGCAUUGGCCAUCGCUGCAUCUUCCAGUAGGGCCUGCAUCUCUUCGCGCAAUCGAUUAGUCUCGGCCAGGACUUUCGCCAUCUGGAGUUCCUCCAAACGCAGGCGUUCCUCCCAGGUUCUCUGAAUUUCUCGCUGGCGGUUCACAAAGCAAUUGCCGGCCCAGUAUGCCGCGGAUGCGACAAAGAGAACCAAUACUAGCAAGACUCGUUGCUGGGACGAUAACAAGUACCUCCACCGGGAGACCUUUGCCAGAGGCGAGGAGGAAUCACUUUCGUCGUGCCCGUCGACCACGCUCACCCCGCCAUCUUGUUCGUCCGAUGCAUCCGAAACCAGGCGGAGGCGGCGAAAGGAUUCCUGGUGCAGGUUCUUCAAAAAGCGAUGGACCAAGGGAAGCGAGGACCCACCCAUCCACGCUAUGUGGUCCUCUCGGGGAUCACUUGCAGUAUCGACGACACCGACCACCUGAUCGUCGCAGCUACUGUGAUCUCCAAAGAGCAAAUCCUCUCCUUCUUCGUCGUGGUGGCUGAUGGUCCCAAUGUCGGACGGGAGGGAAUCGCUCCCCGGAAUCGUCAGGACAGAGGCGUCGUUCGGACCGUGGAUAUGGUUUUCGCUGCUGUUGGCCUUGUGGGAUGGAGGAUCGGAGGGCUCCUCGAAUCGGAUGUCUUCUCCGUUGUCGGUCCCGUCAACAAUCAAGACGCCGGUGUUUUCUACCUGUUCUUCGUAGGAGCAAUCCUUUGAGUAGGAGGAAGAAACCGAUUCCGUCGGAUUAGACCGGUUCUUACCAUACCCACCGCUUUCCUGUUCGCUGCAAGACGACGACACUUGCUCAAAAGAGCGGCCUGCCAUCAACAAGCUGUUGGAAACGGCAACAAAGUUGAAACCUUCGUGGUCCUCUGCAUCGCCGUCUUCUUGUUCGUUGUCCGACACCAUUCCCCAGGAAGGAGAAGGACAGCCCGUCGCGUUUUCGUUUUGCGCGGGGGGGACAACACUCGCUUCCUCGGAACCUUCCUUGGCCAGAAGAGGCGAUGGCAGCGAUGGUGAUUCCUGCCGGGGACUGUCGUUGCUCCCCCGGCCAAAGAACCAAGAAGCCGGUGGAGGAUCGUAGGUCACGGUGCUGGCGGCUAGAGAAGCCUUGUUUCUGGAGGACGGAUCAUCGUCGCGCUGGGUUUGUGCGGCGGAAGACGUUGGCGAAGUUGCCAUUGUUGCUUUUGCUUUGGUUUGAUUUAUUCGAUUAUGUUAUAGUUUUUGUGUGAACCGUGUAGAAUUGCACGAAACUUGUGCCGAGCCGAUGUAGGAUUCUUUGUGCUGGUGUAGUUGUUCGUUUCUUUGUAUCGUAUAGUGAUAGAUUCACUACGAUAGAUCGGUUACUGGAAUAUCGGAGAAUUUCAAAAUAGCAGGGGUAGAGUCUCUUUCUUUUCGCUGUAUUGUGCACGGCCGGUGUGAGCCGAACUGCGGAUUUUGUUCGGUUCAUUACCGAUGAAAUGCGCACGCACACACAAGGAGCGAUGAUGAUGAUUCAUUAGACAAAACAAAGACAAAACACUAAAAGAGACAGAUACAA